AUGGACUGCAACCCCGCGGCCGCCGCCUACAUCAGCGCCGUCUGGAUCACCCUCGCGGCCUGGGCUGCCCACAACCUUCUCGCCGCGUCGCCGGAGGCACCGGACAACGUGGCGCUCGACGUCCUCGUGGUGCUGGCCGCCGCCGCCAGCCGGCUGCUGCUGGUGAUGUGCCGGCCUUCUUCCCUGCCCGUGGAGGACACUGGUGGCGCCGCGGCAGGCCGUCGCCGUCGCCGACCUCGCCUCGCCGGCCGCCGCGGGGCGAGCAGCGCACGGGCGACGGACCCUGCCGCCGCCGGUAGCGAUCGGGACGUUCGGCCACACGAGCACGGCGGCGCCGCGGUGCAGUGCGUGGUGUGCCUCGGCGAGGUUGGGGACGGAGCGAGGGUGAAGCGGCUGCCGGCGGGCCGGCAUCUGUUCCACCAGCAGUGCAUCGACGCGUGGCUGCACGGCCACUCGACGUGCCCGGUCUGCCGGCGCGGCGUCUCCCGGACAGAUGGCGCGGGUUGA